AUGGCCCCAGGCACCGGUGGUAAAAGAAAGCGAGGAGAAAGAACAUGGUCUAGCGAUUCAGGACACGACGGACAGAGACCAUCCCCUCAUCGACCCGGCAAUCUGAACCUUGCGCAUCACAACCAGCCUCAGUCGCCAAGUCCGCGUCCGAACGCUGGUGAAAACGGUGGUGGAAGAAACAGAAGACCGAGCAGAGGAGGCAGAACACCGUCAGGUCGUGUGCCGACAGUCUCUAACGAUCAAUCGAAACCUGCUACAGAAUCCUCAAUGGCUCCUCCAGCGACGCCGCAGCAGGCAUCUGAGCCUCGUCAGACUAAUGGAGCUAAUGUUACAAAGGCUGCGCCAUUGCACGAAGUGCCGUCGAACGAGCCGGAGAACAUCAACUACGCUUUCGAAUACAUCACACCGGAGAUCAUAACGGGAUGGGUGAAAAAUGGCAAGAAGAACAUCAUCACUCAAGGUGUCACUGCACGGAAAAGUGAUGAUAUAAUUACCCUAGGAUGUGUCUUCCAAGAAAUCAUUCGAGCAGUUCUGUCCCGAAAACUGGAUCCAUCCGAGGCCGGAGAUGCUGUCAAACAGAUACUUACAGAUGCAAGGCAGGAGAACGGCACUGUGCAGAGCGAUGAUGUCGCCUCAUUCUUUCUAAAUACUCUAUCUAUCCUCGCCGAAGAGAAGGAUGGAUCGAAUGCAGCUCUGAGACCGUUCGUCUUUGCUACCGAGAUAUCGCCAGCAUUGUUGCGCCUUGAGCUCGACACCAAUCUGAUCCAGACUCUGGGCCUAGUACGAGACACAUUCACACGUAUCGGAAUUCGCAAACAGACAAACGUGCUGUAUCGACAAUCGAACUACAACCUUCUUCGCGAAGAAUCUGAGGGCUACUCGAAACUGGUCACUGAACUCUUCACGACAAGCAACACCGAGUCUCCUUCCAGCGAGAUUGUAGAAGAAACAUUCGAGCGAGUCAAAGCCAUGAUUGGAGCCUUUGAUUUGGAUGUGGGACGUGUUUUGGAUGUGACUUUAGACGUAUUUGCGGCUGUGCUUGUGAAAAAAUAUCAUUUCUUCGUGAGGUUUCUACGAGCCAGCUCAUGGUGGCCUAAAGGCGAUCGCUUGCGUCGAGAAGAGGAAAACGGCAUCUUUUCUGGUCUACCUAGCUGGGCUAUUCCCGGAUGGACUUCCAGCGAUGAUGAGAAAAAAGAAGACCUUGCAAGGAUACGCGAUGAACGCGACCAAGCCUUCUGGGAUCGUGUGCGAGAGGUUGGAAUACGCGCAUUUUUCGAAAUCGGCCGACGUGUCUUAUCAGAUGAAGAAAAGCAGAUUGCCCUGACGGAGGCUAGCAAUCAUGGAGAGCUUGAAGCGGAAACCAGGAAAUGGGUGGAAGAAACAGGUACCCUACCACCUAAGGGUAACCGAGUGGCUGCUCAGCUUCUUGGGUUUAAGCUUCGUUUUUAUUCGACAUUCGCCCGCGAAGCAGGCUAUCUUCCCGAGAACUUGAUUUGGGUCGCUGCACUACUGAUAAAGAUUGGCUUUAUUUCCCUCCGUGACCUUUAUCCCCACCUUUGGCGUGAAGAUGACUCGAUGCCGGAGCUUGAAGAAAAGCUUAAAAAGGAAAAACUGGAACGAGAGAUCAAAGCCAAACCUGGAGGCGGUGUCAACGCUUUGAUGCUUGCAGGUGCAUUGCCAGACGACACAGUGCCUCCCCUUGUUUCUCGCUCUCGUGACACUGAGGCUCGGUCAGCAACCCCCGCGAAGGACCCUGAAGCUGCUGCAGCGAAAGACGAAGAAGAGCCUUCCCCAGAAAUCCGCGAACAAAAGAUCGAUUUGUUGAAGAGUUUGCUGACUAUUGGUGCUAUUCCUGAGGCUCUUUAUAUGCUCAGCAGAUUUCCCUGGCUGAUGGAUAUACCGGAACUUCCCGACUAUAUUCACCGCAUCGUUCACCAUUGCCUUAGUAAAAUAUAUGCGCCUCUGCGACCUAUGCAAGGCCUGGAUCAGAUUCGAGCAGCUAGACCAAUUCCAAGCCCCGAUCAAUCCGGUGUCGCGAAGGGCCAAGUCCGUCUCGCCGACGGUCAGCCUCGCAGAAUGCUUCGAUGGGCUCAUCCAGAUAAAGAAGAUCGGGAGGAUGGAAUCAAUUAUCGAUUCUAUUGGGACCAUUGGGCGGAUAACAUACCCAUUUGUCAGAACAUCGACGAUUUUUUCGCUUUGGCAUCGUCUUUAUUGAAUGUGUCGGGUUUCCGAAUCGGCCAGGACCCGUUACUGAUGAGUAAAAUCGCCCGAAUCGCUCAGGAUUCUCUCAGCAAAGAUGACUCAGAGUCCAACAAGAGUCGUUGGAAAGACCUUUGCAAACGACUUUUGCUCCCUGCUCUGAGUCUGUCUAAAAAGAACCCCGGUGUUGCCAACGAAGUUUUCGCUGUGAUUCGCCACUUUCCCAGAGCGGUUCGCUACAACAUGUAUGCUGAAUGGCACUUUGGGCAGACCUCCAGGUUACCCGAAAUCAAAACAGCCUUCGAGCUUGCUACUGCGCAGACAAGGGAUACUCUCAAACGAUUGAGUAAGACCAACAUCAAAGCUAUGGCUCGUGCUCUAGCUGAAAUCGCAUACGCGAAUCCCGGAAUUGUGAUUAAUGUUGAGAUCACGCAAAUCGAAUCUUAUGACAACCUUAUCGAUGUUGUGGUUGAAUGUGCGCGCUACUUUACAGAUCUAGGAUAUGAUAUUCUGGCUUGGGCUCUUAUCAACUCCCUAGGCCAACAAGGACGAAGUCGCGUGCAGCAAGGUGGAUUAUUGACCAGCAGAUGGCUCAAUGCUCUUUCGACUUUCACAGGGAAAGCAUUCAAGCGUUAUUCAGUUCUCAACCCUACGCCAAUUCUCCAAUACGUUCUUGAACAGCUCCGUCAUCAAAAUUCGACUGAUCUCAUUGUUUUGGAACGGAUAAUAAGCGCCAUGGCUGGAAUCGUGACCGACACAAAUUUCAACGAAGCUCAAAUUCAAGGCAUGGCCGGUGGCAAUCUUCUGCAAUCGCAGACUAUGCUUCAGCUUCUAGACAAGCGACACGAAUCAAGAACGACAUCCAAAAGACUCAUGAAAGCUUUGACCGACUCUAAAAUGGCCGGUCAAUUACUCAUCGCCAUCGCGCAAGAGCGUCUACUCUGUGUCUACAGGGAGUCCGAAAUGGUGCCUGAACUGAAAUUGUUGGGCAACAUCUUUGACGAAAUCCAUCGAAUUUUGACACAAUAUCUGGACCUACUUCGGAGCAAUCUUACAGUCGAAGAAUUCGACUCUUUUGUUCCUAGUCUUCCAGACUUAAUCGGGGACUUCGGCUUGCAACCCGACGUUGCCUUCUGGAUUAUGAGACCUAGCAUAUGUAAAGAAAUCGCUGAAGCAGAUCGCGGCUCCCGCGAAGAGCCUGCAACACAGAGCAUCGAAGCUAGUGUUUCUGGAUAUGCAGCAGUCAAUGACGAUGUGGAAAUGACCGAAGAAGAGAGUGCUGAGAAGAAAGAAACUGCUGGAGAAGAGAUGGACGUGGAUAAAUCAGGCUCCACUGAAGUGACCGAAACCCGGAUCUCCAGUGAAGUCAAUGGCACGACAUCUAAAUCUGAUAACGUGCCCUGGCACCCUGUCCUGCAAGGUCUCAUGGACAAAAUCAGGCCGGUACUUCCGGAAAGCGCCUGGCAGACCGUGGGUCUUCCUUUCUACGUGACAUUCUGGCAACUUUCAUUAUACGAUGUUCAUAUCCCUGGCAAAGCGUACGAAGAUGAGAUUGAACGACAAAAACGCAGAGUGCAAGCGAUCUCGAAUGAUAGAACAGAUGUCAGUCUAGCCGGCACUCAAAAGAAGGAAAGAGAGAAGAAACAAAUCCAGGAGCUACAAGACCGACUCCUUGAAGAAAACAAAAAUCACCUUGUUUCGUAUGAGACCACCCGAAACAGGCUGCAGAAAGAAAAAGACCACUGGUUUCCUAGCAUGCGCGGCAAAUACGAAUCUCUUAACUUGGCUCUGCUAGAGCAAUGCUUCUUACCCCGCCUUUUGCUAUCGCCUAUUGAUGCCUUUUAUUGCUUCAAGAUCAUGAAGUUUCUACAUAUUUCAGGUACACCGAAUUUCCGCACCGUUGGUCUACUUGAUCAGCUGUUCCGAGAACACAGGUUGACUGCGAUUAUUUUCCAAUGCACCUCAAAAGAAGCCGAUAAUUUUGGAAAAUUCCUCAAUGAGAUUUUGCGUGAUAUGACCCGUUGGCAUGCAGACAAGUCAGUGUACGAAAAAGAAGCCUGGGGAUCGAACAAGACACUACCUGGCUUUGCUACAAACGUCGAUGCCGAAGGCAAGGCGACUUCAUUCGUGGAUUAUGAGAUGUUCCGACGAUUACUUUACAAGUGGCAUCGUCUGCUUGCAGGAGCACUAAAGACUUGCUUCAACAAUGGCGAAUACAUGCAUAUUCGAAAUGCAAUCAGUGUUUUGAAGGCCGUCUCCCAACACUUUCCGGGUGUUAACUGGAUGGGUCGCGAUAUGCUGCACUGUGUCAAUACUCUCAGUAACGAUGAAAGAGAGGAUGUAAAGAUUCCAGCGGCAUCACUAAAAGGAGAACUUAGCCGAAGAGAGAAGCAAUGGCUUCUUCCGCAAGCUUUCAUGAUUAAUGAGAGUUUGGCCGGGGAAAAAGGAAAACCUCGUCCAAGAACAGACUCUGCCGCUCCAAAACAACUGAACGCACAAGCCGCCGAGUUCAAGCCUCCAGAAGUGAAUGGCACGCCAAGCGACCAAAUUACAGGUAGAAUGGAAGUCGAGGAUGGUGAGAUUGAGGAUGCAAAGAUGGCUGAUGCUUCGCUCGCUGCCGGAGGAAGGGAUCAGACACCAGCAGCCGAAAGAGCAACAAGCGAGAAACCGAGACUUCAACAAACCGAUGUAGUGGCGUCUUCGGCAGAUGCUGCACCUAAAGGCCUCCAAACCGAGCGUGCAGGCACCGCUGGACCAGAUGAGAAUAGACAACCGCAUGCUGCAGACCGUUCGACAUCUCUCUCGUUUAGGGACACCGACACCGCUCGAGCUAGAACAGCGUCGCCGGCGCAAUCACGACAUGGCUCAAGACCCCCAGACGCGAGUCACUCCGCGAAUAUACCGAAACGCCCGGAUCUUGACAGGGUUUCCUCGCAACCUCCACGAUUACCACUACCGCCUAAUCUACCCAACAAGCCCGAGGCUCCUCGUGGUUACAAUCGUCCAGGUAGACAGUCAGAUAUGAAGGAUGACCGUAGAGAAAUGCGGGACGCUCGACAGUCGGAUUCGUCCCGCUCUAGCCGCUACCCUGACUCCGAUCGGGAGCGUCUGAAUGACCAUGAACCUCGUGGCCCUGGCCGUCUGGAUCGCGACCGAGAUCCACAACGACUUGGCCCUCUAGAUGACGACCAAUUUCAUUCUCCGCGUGAGGCUCGUCAGCGCCGAGACGUCGCGAUGCACCAAGACCUGAUCGAGAUGAUCGAAGACAUCGAUUGUCUUCACCAACAAGAGGCGAUGAGCGCCGUGGUACUCGUCAUGAUGAAUUUCCGGCAGGGCCGCGUAGCGACAGAGCAGCACGAUCUGACUUGCCAGAAGGAAGAGAGUCACGAUCUGGUGGCGACGUAUCCCAUGGAAGAGGACCUCAGGAUUCUAGAGCGGUACGACAACCUGAGUCGGCCAAUGAAAUCCCUCUUGGUCCUCGAGGUAGUAGAGCUGGGCAGUCGCGCGGGCGGAAUGUGUCAAUGCCACAACCACCACCACCUACUACACCUGGUAGACCUUCCGAACGUCUACCGCCAACUGGUCCCUCCGGUCGAUCAAGUGGUCGCGCUCCUGAUCCUUCUGCGGCACCAUCACCGGCUUUGGCGGGCGAAAAAACCGAGACUGGGGGKGUCCAUCCUGACCGUCUCAAGAAUCUACAAGUUUCAACCGAGCCAGGCCCUGGAAACAACCGAUCUCAGCCGCCACUUCCACCUAGUGGACCUCGCAGCUCCCUUAGUGGGCAUCUUGGCGGUUCUCCUGUCACACGUACACCCCCAUCUGGGCCAGGAAAUGACAGAAAUCGCAGCGAUAAACGGUUUUCGGGUAUCAACACUAUGCUUCAGCAAUCAGGUGGUGCUCAAGAACGAGGUGGACAAGGAACGGCAAUCCGCGGCAGAGGACGACAAGCUCAAGAAAGCGGACCACCUAGUCCCCAAGUCGGAGGACCUGAUGCUGCCACUGGGCAAGAAAGGACUGAACUAUUCCCAGGAGCUCCGGAGGGAGAUAAUCGACCAUCAGGCCGUGGCCGACGAGGGGAUGCCCCACAAGAAGCCAAUCGGGAGUCAAAACGGAAUGAGAAGCAUGACAACGAGCGUGGCCGUCGCGACGAAGACGAAGCUGCUAAGAGUGGUCGAAGAGAUGAUCGUCGCGAUCGAGGUCGGGACCGCGAUCGUGACCGUGAUCGUAAUCGUCGAAAUGAUAACGCAGAAGACGACUCGCACCAGGGUGGAAAAGAUUCGGCCAACCGCCGUGCUACCGGUGGUCGUGACGACCAUCGAAGGAGAGAUCGCCGAGAGAGGGAUGAUGGACCGCCUGACCUCCCAGGACCCAGCGGCAAUGACCACCAAGGUCGAAACCGUCCUUCAUCCUCACAUAGCAAUAACAACAACUCGCUGCCAAUUCCUCCACCUGCACCUGCAGGACCGCCCAAUGAUGACCGCCGAUGGGGCGGUGGCAGUGGUCGUGGCGAGAACCGCGACAGAGACCGCAAUCGAGAUCGUGGUGGUGGUGGAAGAGAUCGCGAACGAGACUUGA